AUGAUUUCUCUCACGGCGACCGCCCACAAGUAUUGGUCAAAUGGUUACUUCGCCCUAAAACCGGUCGAACUCUCAGAUGACCAAAAAAACCUCCAGGUACGGUUCUAUUGGCUGUCAAAAAUUCCAUAUGUUCCGAUUGCCAACAUCACAACGUUUCCUUCGCUGUCGUUGGAGGAUUCAGAUCGCGGUCCAGGCACAGCCAGGUUGUUUGAUCAUGAGGACUGCAAGGUGAUUCGUUCCGGAGAUACUUUCACUCUCCACACCGACGACCCGGACUCACAACCACUUCCUGACUUCAAGCUGCUGGAGCUGCAGUGGUUCUUGCAACGUCUCACAACGCUGAGCGGGGCGGCUGAUGCUCCAGACGACGACGACGACGACGACGACGACAGUGAGUUCGGAGACGAAUAUGGCAACAUAUAUGAGUCAGACACAGACGUAGGGGGGACCGGUCGAAGGGAGGGGGGAUUUUAG